AUGAAGGUGAUGACGGUGAACUACAACACGAGGGGGCCUCUCAGCAAAGGAGCCAGAAAAUUUGUGUUUUUCAACAUACCUCAGAUUCAGUACAAAAACCCUUGGCUUCAGAUUGUGAUGUUUAAGAACAUGAAACCACCGCCAUGCUUAAAAUUCUAUUUAGAUACUGGAGAGCAAGUCCUGGUUGAUGUGGAAGAGAAGACUGACAAAGAGAUCGCAGAACAUGUUAAGAAAGUUCUUGGUAAAAGCGAGGAGACACUGCAGGGAGAAGCACAAGAGAAAAUGAAGCUACGGCAUCCCACAACAUUUGGCCCCAAAAAGUACCACUUGUGGCAAUGUAUGUGUGAAAUUGGAGGCCAUAUUGCCUGCCCUGGUAAUGUGCCAUUACCAAAGGAGAUGACUGGGAAAUAUAAAACUGCCAUGAGAGUGCUGCUUCCUAAGCCAACUUUCUACAGCAGGGAGUAA